UUUCUUCUUUCGUACUAGAGCUUCGAUCUCCAAGAAGACAAAACAGACCCAUAUUUCUGUCGUCAUUAUUAAGGAAGGAAACUCAGGUGCCCUGAAGCUUUCCAAAACUCAAAAGCCCAGAACUCGUUAAUCUCUGAAAUACAUGAAGAACACAACUUCAACGAGCCUAUUUAUUUCGAUUCUUUUCCUGUUAUUGUUUUCCUCCUCUGCCCAGAAAAACCAGGAUUCUGAAAUUUUUGCAGCUUCAAGAACGCUUCGACAAGAAGAAGAGCAUGCUUAUUGUUCAAGAGAAAGAAGUAGGGCGGCAUGGAAAAUUAUCGAGCAGUAUUUGAUGCCAUUUGUGGAAAAAGAACGCUAUGAGAUCUCAAGUAAGUGUCGCCUUCAUCCUGACAAUGAUCUAUUUAGGGAUCAGGAACGGCACAAGAUUCAUUUGGAUAUAAAUGAAUGGCAGUGUGGAUACUGUAAGAAGAGCUUCCGUGCUGAAAAGUUUCUUGAUCAGCAUUUUGACAACAGACACUACAAUCUUCUGAAUGUAAGCGGAAGCAAGUGCUUAGCUGAUCUAUGCGGAGCUUUGCAUUGUGAUGCUGUAAUGAAUACCCAGUCAAGCAAAAAAAAAUGCAAUCCUGCAGCUACUGCAAGGAAUCACCACCUAUGUGAGGGUCUUGCUAAUAGCUGUUUUCCUACCAAUCAGGGUCCCUCAGCACGCCGUCUUAAUGAAUUGUUCUUGCACCAGUUCUGUCAUUCUCACACUUGCUCGGGGAAGCAGAAACCCUUUUCUAGAGGAGGACAGAAGCAAGUACAUGUAUUCUACCUGGCUAUUUCCAUACUGACUCUGAUGCUGCUCCCUAUUUUCUAUGUGAUACUUUAUUUGCACCAAAGAGAGAUGAGAACUGGUACCCAAGAGCUCAGGCGCAUCCAGAAAGUCGGGCAGAAGAAGAAACCCUCAUAGUUGGAUAUCAGAGUUGAUUAAUUGAGCAGAUCAAGGAUUGCAUGCCCAAACUUCCUCUCGAACACAUUUCGUUGUAAAUCUGCAUGUUGACACGCAUUGGAGUAUGUGUGGCACCAGAAUGCUGCAACAGAGAACAGAUUCUAGAUCAGCAUUUUAGAAGCUCGAGAUCUGACCGCUCCCUUAAUAAAGCCUCUGGUGGUUGAUGAGAAUAGAAUUAGGUUUUGGAUAGUUGUCUUCGAUGAACCUAUUACUUAACAUUUAGAGGUGGUUGUAAUCCACUGUUAAAACUUUGCUCUCAUUCUUCCUCGUGUACCUUCAGAGGCAUAUUUGACUCGAGGGCUUACUGCAAGUGGUACAAUGAUUAAGAUAUUUUAUUGCUCACAAGGAGAACCAUCCGCUAGUUUGAAUGUAACUGAAAAAGCAAGUAGCUGGGUUGAAAUGCUAAUACAAGUCAUCUAACAUACAUCAUGAGCUAGACCAUACGACUCAUGGUUCAGUUGAUCUCAUCUCAUCAUGUUCUGCUCUGCAGUGCCCCAGCACAGGCAAUUUGCUUCUGCUUCACUUCUUGUUUAAUUGGUAUUGUAUAUGCAUGGUCGCUUAUCAGACCCGAAUCUUUAUGCUUGUUUAUCUGAUACUGCGUUUUCUUUUACUCCGGUCCAAAAAUGCAGGAGUUGAAUCCUCUUUUGAUGCAAGCUAUUUCUCUUGUUCGGUUUCUCUCA